AUGGAAUUGAAGGGUGGUUUCUUCAACAAUUUCGAGAGAGGAAAGUAAGUAUACAUAGAUAAAUUUGGCCGCUGUCCGCAGAGAAAACAAACGAUACCAUAAUACCGUGACAAAGGUAGUUAGUAUUAUUUGCAUUGAUAUCUACCUGGAGUUAUGAAAACCGGGUUAGCAAACAUUUUGUAAUUUUUCGACACUUCCCCUGUUUAAUAGCUUGUUUACUCAGUUGUUUGCGUGCUUAUGUCGUUUGUUUUUGUUGUUUUGUGGUUAGGGAUUUGAGUAGAAGUGGAUGUGGACAGAAUUACUAUCUAACCCCCCCUAUUUUGUUUUUGUCCCUACCCACAAUUCUCAGUGCGCGCCUAAAGCUGGUUUCGGUGCCGUUUAGCAGUUUACUUUUAGAUAUUGGUCACCUUAAGAAACGUUUCGUCAUCAUGUAAAGAGCGUCAUGUAAAGUUCUGAGAUGGGACAAAGUUAUUACGAGUCUGCAUCGUCCGGUAUCAUAUUAUAUUCUCGUUUCAUUUGGCUAAACAUAUCAAUCACCCUAAACCGGGCUGAGACAGAAAGGUACGAUAUUGUUCGCUUUUCUUAGGUGACCAAUAAGUCUUUGGCCUCGGGAACAGGCUCUUAGGAGUCAAAUGAAUUAGGUGCAAGCAAAAUUGCAGGCGAACUUUAACCCGGGCCAAGACUACAUCCAGGAUCUUGAAUAAGACGAGUGUAAGAGAAAAGUUCGGAGGUAUUUAUUUGCCAAUAGGCUGAGUUUUUCCGAGUUAUUCGAUGAUAUUUCGCUCAUGUUGAACGUGGGAAGAUUGUGCGUGGUUGUGGAUAGUCUUAUCAGUGCCGCGAAAGUGUGUGAUUGUGUGAUUUCUGCAUGGUGUUGACAGGUAUGUGAUCGCGUGGUUGAACUGCGGUUUGGCCAAAAUAUUCUGUGCCAGCCAUUAAUAUUGUUUCGUCGGUGUUUAACUUAGCUGAUUGUACCUUGUAAUAGCAACUCUCGACUUUGGAUAAUUGGAUCUAGGUCUAGUUGUAGCGGGCUCUAAUGGCAUUGAACCAUAGGCCGAUUUUGGCAGAUAAGAAGUAGCCGGCGUAUCAGGCGCUUGGAAGAAGCGGGCGAAAGAGAGAACGGGCGCGCGCGAGGGAGACACGCAAGGGGCGAGGGAGCGCCCGCACGGAAGGCGCCCGAAAAUCGUUUCAACUCGCACUCUCUGAGUGCGGAUAUUUCCAAUUGGUCGAGAGGCUCCCGAGGGAAAAAUUAACCGCGCGGGGCGAGAAAACUGUCAAUCAAUAGUACAUGGACAAUGUAGUGAAGAUCUUGCAUUACACCACUGGGUCCUGAAACCACUAAGUUGUAUACAAUCGAAGUUCAGGUCUCGGAGGUCACUUCAUUCUGGUUUAAUGGGACUAUGUGGCUGUAAUCUCAAAGAAAAGGUGGAGUGUUCAAACGGUAUUCACGAUGGAAAGAAUUGACAUCGGAUACGCAUCAACAGAAGUGGCGAAAGACAAAAGAUUUGUCGAAUCGUUGCAAUGAAGAUCAGAGGAAAUAUUCUUUGCUCACGAGAACUUGGCGGCUUGUGUUGUCGAUGGAACGUAUACCAUCAAAACUUGGACAUGAUAAAGAUUGAUGAAAUGAAACACUUACCAGGGGCAUGAAUUUGAAAAAAACAUUUCACUAUUGUAUUAUUCGCCGUUCGGAGUCGACCUGAGGUCUGUUGUUUAUGUCUCAUUACUGCAGUAGAAAACAUGUCGGUACAGUUUGUGUUCUGAGGUUUAGGUCCGCUAGUAAGACAUGUCUGCUCCAAAAACGGCUGCCAGUUAGCGCAGUGAAAGCAAUAUGGUCAUUUUCCACGUACCCUGUGAUCGUUGGUGUCUGACCAGAACAAUAUUUUUAGUUUUUAUAAUACACAGCAUGCAUUCUUUAAAAGAUACCUAGUUUUGACUUUGUUAUUUCCUAUUUAUUGUGCCCAUGUGAAAAAAACGAUUUAAAGCUGUGUGUUAACCAUCAGUUUAUUGCUCCAUCGCUCUAUAAUCAGAUAACCCAACUGAUCUUUAUAACAGAUAUAUUUAGACCGAAGAUAAAAUGUACAACGCUUUUUGGCGGCUUGCUUUGUUUGUGCGAGGUCAGUCGUUUUCUGUCAAAACUUUUGACAGAUCACGCAACGGCUGCCAAGUAAUUAGAGAGGGGGCGGGAAACGAUUUUCGGGGGCCUUCCGUGCAGGCGCUUCCUCUCCCCUCGCGUGUCUCCUUCUCGCGCGCCCGUUUUUUCUUGGGCCCACUACUUCCAAGCGCCUGCUACGCAGGCUAGAUAAGAAGGUGAUAAUUUGUGCACUAUGUUUCAUUCAGUUUUUUGUCUAUUUCAUGCGAAAUCCUGUUGCUUAUCGUACCGCGAAAAAAGUUGUGUUUUGCUAACUGUUUAAGUUGUUAUGUAAGCCUUAACCAGGAACUCUUUCGCGGUUUGAAACUUCGCGAAGUCAGAUUACUGAAUAAAUGUUCUAAAAUUUGGACUCGUUGGAAUGCUUCUAGGGACCUUUAACUUACUGCCCGGCGUCAGAUAAAGGCUUUUAAUGGGCCUUCGAACGAGUUUUAUCGUUUUAAAAUGCCAACUAGUAGAAUGAGUUGAUAUUUUUGCUAACCCGGUUUUCAAAAAUCCAGGUAUAUUUAACAAUUAUUCCUCGAGCCCGAACGGACUAUUGACUGGGAGACCAUAAGGGCUAGAGGAAUAAUUUGUUUAGUAAAAUCCAACUAGUUGGUCAAAAAUUUCAAAAAUAAAAAAAUUUUAGCUAGUUAAAGCUAAACUUUUUACUCCUUUUUUUGCCGCCAAAACCCCGCGCUUUUCGCUACUGGUGGGCUAUGACAUAUAGCCUUAUUCUUGGGUUGCACGUGAAGUCACCAAAAAUCAAACUAAGAAACUAUUGAUUCUUCUGAGUUUCUACUUUCACAAGGUAUUACAGUACCUAAACACCUUUACAUCAACAAAUUUUGGUUCGAAAGGGUUCUUCGUUUUGCGAGAGAGGACGCUUGAAUUUCCAGGCUUUUGCGUGACGCGGCAUUUAGCUAGCGGCCGGGAAAGCUCUUAUGUGGGUUAAAAACAUUACCGAUUUUGGAAGAUUUUGCAAUCUAAACAUUCCUUGUCUCAGAAUAAAUAUUUCUGUAAUCUUUAUGAGUUCCGCAAGCGAAGAGUUCACGCAUUAGUAGGAAAACUCGAAAACAGAUGUUUCUGUUGGUAUCCGGCGGCCAUAUUGGUGUUCCUGAAAGGGACACCAACAUGGCGUUUCCAUACAAAGCUUUAUAAAUUUAGGUAAACCGUUUUUCCCAAUAUCUCGCAUUUGAAAUAUUUCACAGACCUGAUUCUUGGCAAGGGUUUUUGUAUUUUUAUCUUUUUUCAUUUCCCAGAUUCUAGUCCUUCUGUAUUGAAUGGUUUGCAUUUUCACCGGGCAUUUUCAUUUUUCAUUGCGUGACAGUGCAAGCCGAGAAUUGGUAGCUCAACCAAUCAGAACGCAGCAUUGAUAAUAGACCACUAGUUGGAUUUUACUGUUUUACACGUAACGGUUCGUCCGGGACCGAUAAGAAGGACACAAAAAUCAGCCCAAUGUUUCAUUUAGUGUCCCUUAAGACAGAAAGGUUGACCCAAGAAGUAGUAACCUUCAAAACUUCGCAAAGGGGAGGGGUGGGGGGUUCGGUGAUGUCAGAACAAUACAAUUCUUGUACAAGCCUACUAUUGUUAUCAAAUUUGAUUCAUAUUUACUUUGUUUUUAUUUUUUUUUUGUAAAUAUAGAUGGUUUUCCCGGUGACGUGAUCAAAUUGUAAAGUCAAAAUACGAAAAAUAAAUCCUUGUACAAGUUUCUAGUCCCGUAGCAUGUUUCAUUUCGAAAAUACAGCAAUUUGAACUUCGAAGUUUUCACAGUGCGUGACACCAAAAUAGGAAUGUUGUCUCGUUAAAAAAGUCUCUCCUCUUGAUUUUCAGCAGUAUAACCAAGUAUUAGAAGAUACGUUUAUGCGCACGUGUGCUAGUUCUCGAAGGAUAAGAAAGAGCUUUUAUAGAAACAGUGAACUCCAGAUAUUUUUGUUGAUUUCCGGCGGCCAUAUUAAUGUAGCAAAAACGGCGCACCAAUAUGGCGUCUCCAUACAAACCUCUACAAAGGUGCGUGAAACGUCUCGGCCAAUAACUCAGAAACUGUGGGCCACAAAGACCUGAGUCUUGGACGAAUUGUUUAUAUACUGUCUUCUAUAACAUUCAUUUCUUGACGUCUUCCACUGGACGGUUUCCGAUGUAUUUUUUUGUGCCGUGUUUAUUGCGUGACAGUGAAAACGAUCUAUAAGAUUUUUAGCCCGAUGGAAAAUUUUUUUCAUUUUAGGUGUGUUCUUAAAUCACCCAACCCCUCACUCAAAAGGUAAUGGAAGGCUCCUAAAGUUAAGUAUAGAUUUUCGGAUUUCUUUUUUAUGGCUUAAAGGUUACAGUUUUUAAAAAGUUUAUCACUUUUAUAUGGAAAUUUCAAUGGAAGCUUUGCUAACCUGGCUAAAUCUAUAUGUGAAGUGGUUUUUUUUUCACUGCAAUGCCCUUAGAUAUAAAUUCAAGUGUCGACCGAAACCUACUCUUGGCCUAAAAUUAAGUCGGGAGCAAAAGAGAAAUUAAUCCCAUCAAGGCGACAAAUACGUCCAACAUGUGUUCAAAACGUUGUUAUAGAGAUUAACAGCGCUUUCCAAAAGUUAGAACUGGCCGGGCGGACCAUUGCCAGACUGAGUCGUUUGGACGAUGAAAUAGGCUUUUUCCAAGAGUUUUUUUUUUCUGAAAAACUAUCUCCUUCGUGCCAGCUAUGUAGAGUUUAACCGAUCUGGCUGGAUAGGGUUGAUUAAAAAGAAAAUUCAGAUUACGACGGGAAUGGUCUGGCCGGUCACUUGGAAAGCCCCCUAAGAGUCACGUUUACGCCAAUUUGUAUCACGUGACCAAGCUUUUACCUUAAUUUUAGUUUACCGUUUAUUACAUCUACUCAAAAAUGAGUAGUUUCACGCCGGUUUUAUCUAUGAGAAUCGUUCUGGUCAGUUGAAUCUACUGCUUAUUUUUUAGUCUGAAAAAUUCUGAGCUUAAAUCUACCGUUUGCCGUUUGCCGUUUGUCGUAAACGACCGUAAGCUGUCUACUGAUGAAAUUUCCCGUUCCUGCUUCUCCUUGUUUUGAUCACUCGUUUUCGCCUUGCUUGCGAAAAUAGCCGUUCGUUUUCCUACUCGUUGUGGGAUUCUCUCCUCUAGUGUGAAUGCAGCUCUUUUGAACGAGAAUUUACCGAAAUCAGUCAUAGGUAUAAUCCUCAUAGUACACUUGUAUACAAUUUUCUCUUUUAAGAGGAUCUGAAUGGGGUUUAGUGUUUAGUGUUAUUUGCCCAUAAUAUUUAGUGUUUGCUGUUAAAUUGGCCAAUUUUUUAAUGUUUUCUGUUUCCGAAGGUUCUUCUGACAUCGUUGGCAAUGGUCGGACCUCUUCGUUAGUCUUCGGAAAUCUUCGACAGUAUUCGGGAAUCGUCAGUAGCCUUCGGAAAUCUUCUGAAAUAAUCCGGAAUUGUUGUAAAAUGGCCGAAAACUCCUUCACAUACUAAACAAAAUAAUAUUGGCCUUAUUGGAGCCGUUUUUGCGUCUUUCUGGGAAAAAUCUACUGUUUCAAAGAAUUUUUUAAAGUUAGCCUUAUAUUGCCUUAAAUUUAUCUGUUUCAUGUUACAAAGCCAAAAAAUGAAGUGUUUAGUGUUAUCGAUGUACCUCUAUUCAUACCCUCUUUUAAUAGUGAUAAAAAGCCUGUUUGGGGGAUGUCAUAAAAAGAAAUGUCAAUCUAAGGAUUAAAAGGCAUAAAUUAAGGAUUUGAACGAUUGAAUUAUUUAUUUAUUUUCUUUUUAUUUUCAGUACUGACAAGUUUAAGCUGAAUUCAGAAGAUGUUGGUGACGUUACAAAGAUAAAAAUUCGUAAAAAUAACAAAGGAAUUUUGUCCGACUGGAAUCUUGACAAGGUAAGAGCUACGACAACCAUUUUCCAAUUUGUACCUUCUGUUCUUAGACCAAAUAGUUGAAGUCAGAGACUCAAGAGGAAACUAGAGCCGCAAGAUGCAAAGUUCUGAACAAUUUUACGUCAUCUGUGUAAUCCAGAAGAAACAAAGAGUCAAACCUAUAUUAAGCAGACCUGCAUCAAGGGGUCAUCCUCUUUAAGGCGGUCACUUUCUUAAGUCCCGAAAAAUCAUUUCCAUUAACUGAAAAACUAGCCGAUAUUAAGCGGUCGCAGCUUUUCCCAGGUCCCUACGAGUUACUUCCUAUAGUCUUCAGCUCUAUUAAAUGGACAUUACAUGUGAAGACGUACCAUACAAGUGCAAUAGAUACACUUCAGAAGUAAUUAGUUGCUUAAAAAUAACAAAUGUUAUGAAUUUUAAACUACAUUAUCUUUAGCCUUCAGCGAGGGAUUAAGUUUUCAUGACAAAAUUAUUUGUUUGUUGUUGGAUACGCUUCUCUGCUCGGAGAGGAAUUCUUCCAGGUAUUACGAUUUUCCCCUCUCUUCAAAACCAACUUAUUCGAAUCAUUGACCUGGACAUAAUCCCUUUUUGGUUGGGCGCGUUAAGAAGGCCACAGGUUUAUCAGUUUUGUUAACUGCGGGGUCACCCCCUUGUUCUUGAUUACUAGUGCGUAUUAAGUUUGUAGUUUUAGAUUGCAGGGUUGAGGUAAUUACGAUGGUAUAAAUUAUUCAGUUAGAGUGAUGAUAAAAUUUUUGAUAUAAUUAUAAUACUUAUUUGCUAUUUGAUGCUUUGCGAUUUUUCUUGGGACUCUCUGUCGUUAAAUAAAAUUUGCAAAGUGCAAAGGAGCAUUUUUAUUAGUAUUAAUAAUAACAAAAAUGAGUUUAGAACAAUCAACAGUAAAUCCCGUCUAGACCAUUAUGUUGUACUCAGUUCAUCUGUAUUCAAUUAUGUAGUGUCUCGGUGCUUGAAGUCUAAUCUAUGAAACUGAAGUAACAGUAGGUUCGUUGUUCACAGGUUAAAGUAGAAGCACCCAACAGGAAAAAGUAUAAAUUCAUUUGCGACUGUGUCCUUAGCCAAGAGACCUCUCUAUUCAAAGAACUUUAUCCAGGUAUCGAAAGAAUUGCUGUUGAAUCCACUGAUCGAAUUUAUAUAACUGUCUACUGUUAGAUACUUAGUUUCUGCUCUCCUCAGUUUUUCUGUUACGUUAUUCAUAGUAAUUAUAAUAAAAUUAACGUCAACUGAACUGGGACUUCGAGCCUCAAGUGAGUGGUUUGAAUGCAACGCACUUAAAAACUAGGUGAGCCAUUAGCAACUUAUUAUUAAAAAGGAUAUCAUAGAAUUACCUUGGUACAUUUUAAUUAGCAAUUAAUGAAUGAGGCUGAUUGGGAUAUGAAGAAUUAAACAGAUCGAGGAGGGUGUUAUCUACUGAGGCCAAAGGCCGAGGUGGAUAACACUCUCCGAUUUAUCAUUCAUUCAAAAAUAAUUCCUAGUUUAAAAACAUAGCUGAAACAUACUUCGGCCUGCAUCGAUGUUAAGUUCAUCUUUAAUACUGUACGUUUAGACUGUGAAAGGUUUGAACCCAGGAGUCAUUUCAAAAGUAGGUUAAGUUUGAUCGUCCGGGUGAACGUAGUCCUGAAUAGGACUGUUGUUGUUGACAGUGACUGACGUUUCCACAACCUGUGCGGUGGUCAUCUUCAGAGUCAAAGUGAGUUGUAUCACGUCAGUUGAUGGUAUUAUACUCUGGUUAUUGAUCUGAUUGGUCAAUUACGUCGCAAUAUUAUUGGUCGUCUGUCAGUUAGGCCGUGAUGUUAUUGGCUAUGAAGACUCGUAAUCAGUAAUUGGUGCGUUUCGAUCCGUCUAUUGUCACAGUUAAACUGUCGUCUAUUGUUAGUCAAAUUGUCAGUUCUCUAGUCGCUCUAACCUGUGUCCUAGCAACAUACAGCGCAUUCCCAACAAAGAUCUAACUCCAUUUAUGCAGAAUCUUUCUCAACAACCCCAAAUUUGAGGAAGUGAAAGGAAGGCUCUGCUAGCAGAGCAGUGGCGUAUCCAGGGGAGGGGCCGGGGGACCCGCCCCCUUAUUUUUAGACCAAACUGAGGCCCAAAGAGCCGAAAAAAAUUUUUUGGAGACCGCUCCCCUCCGCUGUCUAAGGGUCUGGAUGACCAACCCCUUUAUCUCAAGGUCUGGAUCCGACACUGCAGAGUUUAUUUGUCUCUUCGAAAAAGAAAACUGUUCGUAUGAAUCAUGCGACGAACUAAAUUCACACUUAGAGUAUAGAGCGGUUUUCACUUGACUGUCGUAAAACCAAAACCAAAGUAAAUACAUUAGCCAACCAAAGGGCGUAGUAAAACCAAAACCAAGACCAAAACCAAUCCCUUUCGACUGUCAAGUGAAAACCGCUCUAUAUAUAAACACUAAAUGAUUUCAAGUUUUAUUCACCCAGUUAAAAUGAGCAAAUGUUCUUUUAUUAUGAGGCUUCCCGAAAGCUUUAGAGGCAGGUCAUAUAAGUGCCUCGUUUCCCUUUUUUUUUCCAGUUCAGGGUGGUGGUGGUGGUAUAUUCAAAAAGGCAGCUCACUGUUGGCCGUUUAACAGGGAAGUCGAUUUCAACAAAUCUCCUGAUUUAAGAGGAGGUUUUCCUGCCAUGUUGAAGGCAAGUGCCGGUCGGAUGUGAUAUUUGGAAUAAUAGCCUCAUGUUUAAGGUCCAUGUAAACGUCAAAUUUGGUAAUGUUUCUUUGUUAGGUUUUAUACAACGUGCGCACGCGCACGCGUCCUCGAAAGCGCCUGCGUAGCAAGGUACAAAUUUGGCGAAUACAUGUACGUCAAAUAUUAAAAAUGGUUCACCUGAAGAUUUAAAGAAAGAAACAGUGCUUUUUUUCCUUGUAGCUGAAGGGUUUUUUUUUUAAAGUUAGACAUCUUUUCAUUGGUGGGGGCCUUAGCCUACAACAUCCUUACCUCCCCUCAUUCUUUCCUUAAAAGGAUGAAAAAAGGUGCUCAAUACGGUCGUCGUUAAGCGCCCCAUUAUCGUCUCUGUUUGACAUCAGGAACGGGCGGACAGAAAUAACGUCAGGAUACGCAGUAAAACCGCUCUCUAUAAAUUAGGCAAGUGACUUGCUCGGAUACCGAUCUUGCUCAGAUACCGCAUGCUAUCUCAUGAGAGCUCCGACUGUAAUUGCUAGAUAGAAUUAACUUCCUUGGUGUGUUUUAUAUUCAGGACGGUGCUCGAAUAGCUGAUUCCGUAUCAAGAGGAAAAGUGGCCAGUACGUAUGAGAGGGGGAGCUGGAUUGAUCUCGGAGAUUUGACAGGUAAAACUGUCUCUUGUAUGCAUGAAGCUUGUCAUAUAAAUUUACUUUUAAUAUCUGUCGUUUUUCUUGUGCCUUUUUGUAAUUACAGUUUCCACAGAAAUUGUAACACUAUCUAGUCAUUUUGUAUCCGUAAUGUCCGCAGUAAGUUAGAAAACGCGAUAUUUCUGAUGGUCAGGUGCAAAUACUGUGAGAUUCAGUUCGUAAACAAGAAAAGUAUAUUACACUCUAGUCGUUGCAUUUAGGUCAUCACGCUCGUUUACAAGCCUCUAGUUCUAAUUCCUAAUCUGCAGUGUAUAUCUCACGUGUUUUAAUAAUAAUGUCACCAAAUGCACUCACUGUUCGUGUUUAAUGAAUUUUCUUCCAAAAAAAAAAACAACAACAAUCACCUGUUUUUAUAGUACUGCCUUUUUAUUUGCCUUUUGUAAUGUUUUUCCGAAGUCCUGUUUGUGAUAGGACUGAUCAUUCUCAUUUAGAAUAUGUUUUUUUCACUCAAUGGAUAGCAUUUUUUCGCGCGUUUUCAUUGACUCCCGUCACUCUUUUGGGUUAGGAGUUAAAAUGGCGUCUCGUUUUAGGAUAAAUAACAAUUAUUCAAUAGAAAACUUUUGAGGUAGCUAGUUUAGCUGAUUACCGAUUUCGUUAGAAAGAGGUGAGAAUGAUUUCUGUAUUUGAUCCAUUCAAAAAGGACUUUCAUUUAAUUAUUUACAAAAGGCAAAUCAAAAAGGCAAGACGUUAAAAACAAGUGAUUUGUAAACAAGAAACUUUUUCAAUUGUUUUUGAGCAUAUUAAACAGACAAAGCUAAAACAACUGAGAUAAUUGUGUUUUUUUCGGGAACAGACGAUUUUUGUGAAAUGUCUCAUUGAUUGCUGCCAACGAUUACAAUUUUCAGCGGGCAUUUGUGACCGAGAUGAAUCGUCAAUUUUCUUGCCGAUAAAUCAGAAAAAACACUUCCAAGGUGUUAGUUUAGCCGUUCAUUUUAGGAAGACAAUUUUAACUAUUUUUGAAGCAGUUGUAAAAUACACUGUAUUUGAAACCAUUCCGUAAAAAGGAAACAUUUCAUUUAAUUAUUUAUAAACGUGACUUCUCAGCUAAUGAAAUCCCUAAAAAAAUAUCAAAAAUAUCUUUAAACACUUUUUGCAAGUGACGCCUUAUACAAAGUAAAAUUACUUGUUUUUCAUAUUUAUUGAAAAGUUACAAAGGUCGAAUUGCUGUCGUCAGGGGUGGUGCAAAGCGCUAGAUAUAUACCUCAAUACGUUACGUCUGUAACGUCUCCAUCAGUAUUCGCCUUCCCUUUUGGGGGAUAGUUGUAUAAUAUUCGAUCGCCGGGCUUAACAUUUAUCAUCACAUUUCUUUACACAGCCAACUGUCCACAUUCCUGACGCCUAGCAGUGCUCAGAAUGUUUGUUACAUAAACCUAUGCUGAUAGUUCAAUGACCUUAGCUACCAUGAAUUCUUAGCGAUAGGGCGAUUGUCCAUACAGGUGCACUCCUGCUUAGAGAACUAGACCCGUCGGAUUUAUUUCCGUCGCUAGCAUCAAUAAUAAGCUAUAAUAGAAGACAAAAAAUUCUUACUCUGUUUUUUUCUUCUAAAAGGGAAGUGCAUAAGUGACCCCAGUUUUUGCAGAAAGGGAAUUACCAUGAUGUUCUGGGGAAGGAUUGAUGAGUCGGACAUUCUGAACAACCCGUCAGUACCUAAAGUGAUCAUCUCCAGUGGUGGAUCAGACAGCAGAUCCAAAGGAUUCUCCUUUUUCUACGAAGAAAAUAACUGGACGUUAAGAGUGGCAGAUGGUCCCCAAAUAUGGAUAACAAUCAUAUCUGGAAAUCAGAUUCCUUUUGGAAAAUGGUUUUCAUUUGCUUUUACUUGGAAGAAAGGUGCGUGUCAUGAUGAUGAGAGACAUUUAGAUUCGAGGAUGAUGACGACUAUGAGGUCGAAAUUUGACCUAAGAUUUUUUUACGCAUUCUAAGAAAAUAGACACUCUAGAAAGCUCCCUUUUUAACCAGAAAAGUUAACACGGUUAUUUUCAUUGAAGGAAGUUAAGCCCCCUCUCUUGAUUGCAAAAAAAUAAAACUUCGAACAUUUAAUAACUUGUUUCCGCCACGACGACAUUCUCGUUAAGACUUGUAGUAGAAUGGCAAUGGUGCUGCAGUUUCCCGCCAAAAUGUCGUUGGUUCACGCGCCAGCACUACUUAGUAUUGAGAAAAUCUCGUUUUCGUAGUCAUCCUCGUCUUAGAAUUUAAAGGUCUCUAUGAUCAUGUAAUAUCUUAAUGACCUUGACCUUCACAUAUGACUUUAAAUUUGUUUUAUAACAUAGCUAGAAUAUUCGCCAAACAUCGCGAGCCUGCUUCAUAUUCCUAUUAACUACGCUGGUGCUCAUAAAAAGACUGAGCAUUUAAAGCAGUUAAAACAACAACAAUAACUUUAUUUUAGCAAUGAAAUACAUAAAGCAUACACACUACCUACAUUUAGCAAAAGCUAUUCGAGGCAGGCAGUGUGAGGACGCUCCAUACAGGAACUGAUAUAUUUGUAUAGGUAAUAGCAUGAUUUGUAGUGAUAUUUGGCUUAAAUACCACGAGUGAUUAUUCAAAAUUGCUAUACGUAAUUUCACGAGUCGUUAGGCGAGUGAAAUUUGAGACGAUUUUGAAAUAUCACAAGUGGUAUUUAUGCCAAAUAUCACGUACAAAUCGUGCUAUUAUUUGUCUAUACUACUACCCACAAAAGACGGUUUGUAAUUUUCAAAUGUAGGUAUUUCAAAUUAAGCUGAAAUACCACUGCUCUAAGCCAAUCAAAUUGCAGAAAUUUCUCAUGUGGUAGUAUGAUAAGAGGAAUACAUUUUAAGAGGGAGGGAUUAAAGGGAUGCAGUAAUCUAAACUAGGUUUUGAAAGGGACACCAUUUGUCAGUAGAAGGUAUCUGAAAGGGGUACCUAUAUUGGUGAAACAUGCUAUAUAAAAGACUUAGGCGUUGGACCUUAGGGCACAGCCUUUCCGAAAAAAGCUUCGAUGAGUUCCAUCCGGGAUGUUGAAUACAUGUAGUAAAUGUUCAAGAGAACGAGGCAUAAUUAGCAUAUUUUUUACGUCCAAGAAAUCAUCCGGACAUCCAAUAUCAGUGUCAGCAUUUAAGGUAUAUUUUGUAAUUAUGAUCGGUUUGCUUUGUCUUUUAUAUUUCAGAAUCCGGAAUAAGAUAUUUCGUCAACGGAAUAGCGGGUUUAAAAAAAAGUGAGGUUAUCCAAGCGCCUGUUUGGCAUUUAGACGAGUUCAACGACUUUACGAUAAGUAAACCAAACAGCAACAACAGAAUGGAAGAGAUGCUACCCAUGAAAAUUGACCAGUUGGCUACAUGGGGUUUAGUGCUGAACGAAAGAACGAUAAAAGAGGCAUUUAAUGAGGGUAGGUUUUAUUUGAUGAAUCUCUAAAGCUAGUGAUUGGGGAAGAAGGAAAGAAAGGAAUCGUGUUUGACAGGACAACCGAGGCGCCACGCCCUCUUUACCAUAGAGAGCUUUAGAAUCGAUGACGAGAAUGACUACCAGUACGAGAUUCAACUUCAAAUUUUUUUUCGUGUAUUAUCAAAAAACAGGUUCCCCGGAAAGCCUCAUUGUUCUUUUGAUUCACCAAGAAAGCCGCUAGCACUGUUUUAUAUAUUAAAGGAGGUUAAGUCCUCUCCCGAUCACAAAAUGAUAAAAAUUCUAACAUUUGAUUACUCCUUUCGUCUACUACGACCCUCCCGCCAAAACUCGUAAAAGAAUGACGACCUCUAUUACGUUUUCCCGCCAAAAUAACGCUGGUUCUCGAGCGCGCACUACAUAGUAUUGAGAAAAUCUCGUUCUCGUAGUCGUUCUCGUCUUAGAAUCUAAAGGUCUCUAAUAUAAACUAACAUUUUAACAGUAAAGUCAGACGUCAACAUACAAAGGGCGCCAAUGGCAGUCGCUAUCAGUCCACUUAUGAGCUUAGUGUACGCACCCAAGCCAUGAUGUGAAUGAUGUGUGAAGGUUGGCAUACCACCGGGGUCUACGUCCGAGGUCUACGUUUUCAGACGGUGAUGUGGGUCUUUUUUACGCCCCACAAGAACCAGAGAUGUGUAAUUGUUGGACCCACGGUUUUUUUCAUCCUUAUCCGAGAAGACUAGAAAGUAUAUAAUUAACCGUUUGCAGAUGUCAUUACAAGGGCAGUCUUGCUUCUUAGUUAUUUAAAGACCCCGAGUGUUGAUCCGGCCGAGGUAGGUUCGACUUCAUAUUGAGAGUGAUCAUAUUUUUCUUCGGAGCCAACUGUGUCCUUACUGACUGCUGCCUGUUGUGGUGUGGGUAUUGUUGGUAUUUCGUUACUAAUUUGGUUAAGGUGGCUGAACACAGUUUUGGCAGUUUGUGAGUAUAUCUCAUUUGCCGAAUAAUGGCAAGAGAAAGGUUGCAGCUCACAAGCUGAAACUUGGCAAGUGAAAAAUAUACUGAUGAAAGAUUUUGAUUGACAGGUAACGAUUGAAUACAACCUUAAAAUUUCACUUUUGCUCAGUUUACAUAAAAUUCGCUCAUUAGAUUUUCCUAUAAACUUUUUUUUUUUUUUUUUUUUUGUUUUUAUUUAUUUAUUUUCUUUUUACAGGUAUAGUACAAACAACAUACAAAUCGAAACAUACAAACAUUACAAAAUUUACAACAACUACCUUAAUUACAAAAAAAAAAAAAAGAAAAUAGAAUAAAUAAAUAAAAAGCUACACUGCACUACACUACAAGGCUUACAUAACUUAUUCGACUUGAACUUAAAAUACAGAGUAAUACAGGGAGUAUUAGAAAAACGAAGUUUGGAUAACAGCUACUGUUGUAUUAAUGGGAGUAACGGCUUCCAUUUUUUAUCAUGGAAAUGGAUUUUGUUGUUUCUUUACGCGAUAAAACGUUCGGUUUGAAACGUUUGUUUAAAUUUAUCGACUAACAGUCUUACACAUAAACAGCCCUUAUUUAACUUACAGCGGUAAAUAAAAUAUUUGCUUUCAAGAAUGAUGUAAUUGACUAGAAUGCUUAUAUUAUCUGUAUCUAAGAUCCCAAAAAGGACAUUCAUGAUAUCAAACCUAAUAGUUAUAUUAAAAGAAUCAAGUACAGACUUUAAAUCAUUCCAAAACAUGCUUACUUUUGUACAAUGGAAAAAGAGAUGUUCUAUGGUCUCCAACUCCUUUUCACAAAAAAUCGCACAAGGGAGAAUCUACUUUUUGAACUUAAACAGCAUCUUGUUCGUGUAUAAGAUCCUGUUUAAUAUUUUAUAUUGGAAUUCUCUUAAUUUAGUAUCCAAUGUUGUUUUGAAGGGCAGUAGAUAUAUCUUUUCCCAGUCCAACUGAAAUGUGUGUGUGCUGAAAGCCUCGUUAUAUUUCUUUUGCGCUGUUGGUAUACUGGAUAUCUUAGAAACAAAACUGUCAUAUAAUGACUUUGAUUUAAGAUUUUGGAAAUUGACUUUUUUCCCUUCAAUACGUAACUUGAAAUCAGUUUGGAUUAGAUCAUGAGUUUUUGAAGAGAUAGAGUUUUUAUUUGUUUUUAAUAUUUUGCGCCAUUCUUCCGGAAAAGCAUUGAAGAGACUGAAAAGUAGAAAAUGUUCAACUGGUGAAAGAGUUGAAUAUAAUGGUUCCUUGUUCGACUUGAAACCUCCCCACGUGUCGUAGAGGUCUCCAAUUUUUACAAUUCCAAGAUCAAUCAGCCUACUGUUAUAGACUGACUUUGAUUCAAUGCAAAUGAACUGGUUGUUCCAUAUGACCUCAUUUGCUAUUUCAGAGGAUGAGGAGGGGUUGUCUUCAUUUAAAAGGGUCCACGCCACAAUGCAUUCUUUGUAAAAUUCUGGAAGAGUUACCGGUAGUUUAGUUAAAAUUGCAAUGAAACAAGAAUUUUCCCCCUACUUUCUUAAGAUAAAAAUUCAGAAAAAACUUCCAGCCAGCGGGAUCCAUGGAGAGAUAUCUCUUAAUACAAAUUAUUCUUUGGGCAGAGAUCAUUGACUCAAUGUUGGGCAUUUUCAAGCCUCCUUUAUCAAUAGGGUUAAUAAAAGCUCUGCGCUUUACUUUAUCUUUUCCCUUCCAAACAAAGGAAUAUAGCAAAGUAUUUAUUUUUUUGAUAAACUCUUCUUUAUUUGAAAUGAGAACAACCCUGUAUAAAAUCUUUGGUAUGGCGAAAGACUUGAUCACUUGAAUUUUUCCAAGUAGUGUAAGACCUCUCCAUCUCCAGCCCUUCAGCAAUCCUCUCAGAGAUUUCUCGAUUGAUUCAAAGUUAAGCUUAUAAAACAGUGCGUGAUUAAAGGUGAAAUGAACCCCUAGGAUCUUUAUGGCCUUACUUAUUUCAUUAACACCUAGUUCUGAGCUGUUUACUUCCAUAUUUCCUAGUAGAAGAAUUUCCGUUUUGUCGUGAUUGACCUUCAAUCCGGAGUAUGUACUAAACAGAUCGAUAGUAUCAAAGAGGGUGCGAUGCGAAAAUUUGUCCCUAACAAAUGAUGUCAUAUCAUCAGCGAAUAUAACUAAUUUGAUUUCGGAACCAUCCACCUCAAUACCCUUAAUUUGAUCGUUAUUACGUAUGGAUAAUGCCAAUAAUUCAAGUACUAUUAUGAAAAGAGAUGGCGAGAGUGGGUCGCCCUGGCGAACACCCCGUUUAACAUUGAAAGAGGGGGUGGAAAAACCAUUAUUGAAAACACAACGUGAUAUAUUAUUAUAAAACGUCUUUUCCUAUAAACUUGCACACAGCUUACUAUAAGUAAUCAUUACCAUUUGAAACUUAUUUGACCAAACUUUAACAGACGGGUUUCUAGAUAAUCAAUAAUAUAGUUGUACUGUAAUUAUUAAAUGUGUCACAAAAUUCGUCUGUUCAAAUUCCAUUUUUACGUUCUCAUUAUUCAAAAUACGAUAAAAGUAAAAGUUCUGCCAAAUAUUACAAAAUUUUAACGAGUAGAUUUUGAGAAAUCAUCUUCUUUGUACCACUGCUUUUUUUGCCGCCAUGUUUGUUUGUGUAAUUUAAAACACACGCCGUCAAGCGAGUUACUGCUGACCGCCCGCAAAACUGUGUUCAGCCACCUUAAAGGGGUAUGUUGCGAGGAUAUAAUUGCCGUUUUAGCUCAAUUCUUGGUGUGCUAACGUCGUUACUUAGGGCCUUGGUCCCGUACAAAAAAUGCUCCUGUGGAGAUAUGAAAGGAUAUCAAAUAUAUUUCAUUAGGGAUUAAUAACCCGAGAACGAUUGUUUGGAUAUUUUUGCAGGCAUAACAUUAAAACUUGAAAAAUGCUGGUUCAACUAUUAAGUUUCAAUUCAUUGCCAUCUUCGUCAUCCGUUAAAACAUACGAGAGGAAACAUUUUCAAUACCUAAAGAUAGUCUUAAGAAACAAAACUGGGCCAUUAUGUUUGGAAUUCAAUUGACGCAAAGACAAGUUUUAGCUUUUUAAAAAGAUAACAAAUAGCGUGAAGUAAGGGAGACUCAAACGCGACAUGGCCAGAUCACGGAAAACAAGACCUAAAAAUAACAACAAAGUAUGAAUAAAGCUUUCUGAAGCCAUUUUAAGCAUUUAGGGUGAUUGCUGGAAAAAAUUUAUCUGUUCCUCACCCCCAGCAAGACUAAUGGAAGAAUUGCCAGCCAGCAAGGUGCACCUACAACCUGCAACCUGACUUACUGGGAAUUUUCCCAGCAGACGUAUGUCCAGACAUUACUGGCUAGUUUAGGUGUGGUCAUAGGGCAAACUUCAGCCCUUCAGUGAAGGGGGAGGAGGCGGGGGAAGGCGGCCCCGCUAGAAAAUUGGGUAUGGCCUGAAGGCGAAAUUCACUGACUUCAUUGGGGAGCGGGAAGGGGAAGAGGUUUCUGACACUGAAUAGCACAUACCAGCUAUUAUAGACACUACACACCAAAUCCCCUCAAAACACCCUGAAGUGUCUAUUCCUGGCAACACUUUCCUUCCAAGGACAAAUUGUUUUUCCCAAACCUCCCAGCCAGCGACGAAUUGGCUGAAGAACAGAUAUUUCGAGGAACAGAUCCAUUGGGUGCCCCUGCGGACGUCCUCCAGAAGGCCCCGUCCAAACGAAUCCGGAUGUUUUGAACCCGCCUAUUAUUUAUACGUUUAGGCCGCGGAUGAAGGAGUGGAUUUACUGGUUCUGGCCGGAGAGAAGGACAGUUCGAUUCGUGCCUAAUAGUGGUCAGGUCCCUUUCAUUAUCAUUUGAUUCGCUUGGCGAAUUUUUCUUUGGUCACAAUUCGUGUUGACUGGGUCUUCUGGAGGACGUCAACGCGCAAUGUUGAAUAUUUCUCUUUCUUACGCUGCCCCUAAGAAUUAAACUCAGGAAAAGACAUCCUCGGAAACGCAGGGGCAGUCAGUCGGGUCGGGAGAAACGGCGCGGCGAAAGUUUUUCUUCAUUUGAAAGAUUAAGCCAUGAUUUCUAAUAAUGAUUACUAUAAACUUUAAAAUAAAACGAUGCCAUUAUCUUAACAGUGUUUUUACUGCCGUCGUCAUCUUUGUUGCUUAAGGUGUCUAUCAUGAAACAACGCCAUUGAUUGUUAUUUGACCGACAGGUGGUGGAGUCCCGCUAAGAGAAGGAGUGGCAGCUAAUUUGCAAGGUGAGCAUGCGCUUGUCAAUUAAGUGCCUAGUUGGUGUGUAAACAUUGUGUAAAAUCCACCUUCACUCAGGCCAGAUCCUUGUGACCCCCGGUUAUUAGCUUUAACCAGCUGCCAGAGCUGGUUAAAAAUUUCUUUGAAAGUAGUUUUUCCGGUUGACUAGCAAAACUGAGUUGAACUGUACAUCAUCAUCAUCAUCAUCAUCAUCAUCAUCAUCAUAACAAUAAUAUAUGUUCAAUAGUACGUUAUUGCAAACCGAAAUAUUUAUUAUUUUAUUGUUUGCUCAGCGGGCGGGCAAGAUGAGGCACCAAAUCCUGUGUUUUGAAUGGCUACCCGAGCGGGCAAUACAUGGUUGGCCAUAUAACCUAACUUUUACUGACCAAGGCUUGUUCAGUCAAGGUAGCUGAAUUAUAGACUCUUUCUUUUUUGGCACCACGACUUCAUCUCGAUCAAUAAAAAGUGAAUGAAAGAACUUGGCAAAUAUCAAACCGUUUUGAAAUUACGUUUGGUCAAUAACGCAUAUAUGUAAACAAAGAGACAUGAAGAGAUAUAAAAAAGAAAAAAAAUGUCUUCAAAAAUAGCGUUAGUGAUCGACAUCUCCUCAAAAAGGAAAUAAAAGUUUUUUAUCCCACAAACACUUAUACCUGGAUUUUUGAAAACCGGGUUGGCAAAAAUAACAACUCAUUAUACUACUUGGCAAUUUAAAACAAUAAAGCUCAUUAGGCCGAUUAAAAGCCUUUAUCUGACGCCGGGCAGUAAGUUAAUGGCCCCCUAGAAACAUUGCAACGAGUCCUCAUUUAAAAUGACGCCAAUUUUAGAACAUUUAUUUAGUAAUCUGACUUCGUGAAGUUUCAAAUGGGUGAAUUCCAACGAAAGAGUGCCUGGUUAAGGCUUACAUAACAACUGAAAUAGUCAGCAAAACACUACUUUUUUCUCGGUCCGAUAAACGACAGCAUUUCGCGUGGAAUAGUUAACAAACUGAAUUAAACAUAGUACACAAAUUAUCACCUUCUUGUCUGGAAAAACUGGUCUAUGGUUCGAUGCCAUUAGCCCGCUGAAACUAGACCUAGACCCAAUUUUCCUGAUUCGAGAGUUGCUUUUUGAAGGUACAAUCAGCAAAGCUAAACACCAACGAAACGCUUUUAUGACUGGCACAGAAUAUUUUGGCGAAACCGCAGUUCAACCACGCGAUCAGAUACCUAUCAACACCAUGCGGAAAUAAAGAUCUGUGAGACGGUUAACCAUUUCAAAGCCUCAUAAAAAAUAAAAUAAAAAUGGCGGAAAUAUAAAGUUUAUGAUGUUAAAACAGAGAACGUGUGUAGUUUAGAAAAUGGACUUUUUAAGCCGAAAAUUGUUCUUUUCCUUUUGGACAACAAACUAUUUGGUGGUUUACCGUGACAUAAAAAUUAAUCUAUGUUGACAUUUUUCAUCUUGGAAAAUGGUUAACCGUCCGUUAAGCCGUGAAAGAUCAAAUAACAGAAAGCUUUAGCAAAACGUAGAAAAACUAGACUGUACUAGCAAAGGUAUACCUCCAUCGAAAGACCCAAAAUUGGCCUUUCACAUAGCAAUAAUUUGCAAUAAAACUAAUUAGAAGUUGACCGUCAUAAUGAUAGCACGUGCGAAAUAACACGUGAUACGUGGCUGUGUAACCGAAUCUUGAAAAUUUACUUUGGUUAACCACUCCAGUGUACCGAUUCGGCAAGAUCUACACUGCAAGAACAAGUUCUGAGAAACAUUUUCCACAAGGCGGCACAUUUACUUGUUCUUCUUCUCUUAUAAGGUGGAAGAACGUAAAUAAUUUAUCUGUGACACUUAAGCUGGGUCACUUGCCAAUGAUUCUUCUUUUCUUUUCUUCCAAUGUUGUUAAGGAAUAGGUUUUUGAACAUUGUAUGUGGGGGUCAAUAAGAUCAUUGACCCAGGUUGCGAUGUCAUAGGGGCGUACUGACUUUAAAUAACUGUCACUUGUGUUUAAGAGAGAAUUGCGGGUAGGGACGAAAAAAGGCCGAAAAAUUGGGAGUGGGGAGGGAGGGGGGGAGAUAGUAAUUCUGUCUACAUCUACUUCUACACAAAUCCCUAACUACAAAACAAGCCCCCCCCCGGAAAAAAAGUACAAAGCAAACAACAUAGUAAACAAGCUAUUAGACAGGGGAAGUUGAGAAAAAUUACAAAAUGUUUGCUAACCCGGUUUUCAUAACUCCCAGUAUACUUACACAGGAAAAUGUUUACAUGUUUCCUCAUAUUCUUGUGAUCCGGGUGUGUAAAAUAAUUCGGUUACUUUUUCCACAACAGCGUGUAAUACCAACCCAUGCAGAAAUGGAGGAACAUGUAAAAUUGACGCUGAUGAACCCAGCAGUUACCGUUGUGUUUGUCCAUGGCGAUAUACAGGACUCCACUGUGAAAGUAAGAGCAAAACGGAAUAAUCAAACUCGUUUGAGUUAUUUAGAUGGAAUCCGUCAGGAAAUUGAGUUAUUUUAAUUUUCAGUGGACGAAAACCUUGGACCAGAAUAAUUUAAAGAAUAUUGCAUACUGUUUUUACAUUUUUCAAGAGCUAAAGAUGUUAUUAGUUAUCUGCAAUAACACCAAAAAAAAUCUCUUAUGGCAGCCCGAGAAAAUGAAUGUCAAACAGUUUACAAAAUUACAUCUUACACAUGAAAUUUUCAGAAUUGUUCCUGUGUUUUCACAACUGUUGUGAAAUUUGAUUAUUCUGGUACAAGUUUUUUGUCCACUGAAAAUUAAAAUUACUCAGUUUCCUGGUGGAUUCCGUCUUAUUUAUCUAUGUGUAAUUUUGUAAAGCAGAGUUUGUUUCCUCGCCCGUUGCGUACUAUCCACUAAAACAUCGAAUAGGAUGUUAAUAAUCUCCUGACCAUUGUUCAAGGACCUUGUUCAUUGAGCGAAUUGAGCCAUUUCUGAACAUGACUAUUCGUUAGUCAAUCAUUUGUUAUUACAAUUUCUAGAUUUGCAAUCAUAAGCUAUUAGUUUAUGUUUGUUUUUAAUGUUUUCGUUUUAUCUUCCCUUUUACAGUCGAGGAAGAAGUGCCUAUGACAAGUAAGUAAGACUGUGUUGUAGUUAAUACAUGUAGCUUUUACCUAUACCAUUUAGUCAAUUGUCCGCUCUCUGAAUGGGAUUGAUUUGAACGUUUUCACUUUUGGUACACUGUAUUGAGGACCAUGCUCAAACGAGAAUCAUGAAAGCCGAGAUGUGACCCUUGGGAGUGGGAAGUGCCAUAAAUUUUCGUGUCUUCCUACCUUCCUUUCCUUCCUAUCGCUCUAGCUCUUAAUCUGUUCUCAUUCCAGGCACGUGUAGACACUAAAAUUUAGUCGAAAAACAGGCAUAUCGGCUUUGUUGUUGUUUUUUCUCUCUGAAAGUCCGGGUGGCCAUCUGAUUUACCACCAAAACGUGCGGAUUACAGGAGGGGCGGGGGAGGGAGGGUGGACGUAGGUACCUACAGAUGAUUUUGUCAGAAUCGAAAUUUCUUUGACGCAUAGAUAAGCAAAUUUUCUUAUCCACGGGGCUCCACCGCUACGCUCACAAAAGCUCCGCUAUGAAAAAUAUUGACAUUGGCAUUGCAAAAAUGUUUCUAAGGCUAAGGAUUCCUAAAGCAAAGUUAAGCAUUUAUUAAUGUGCAGCAUAUUUUCAUUUCAGCCCCCACCGCCACGCCAACAUCAACCCAACGCACUAGUGCCCCUACUGGCACCUCAGCAGGUACCAAGACAAUACCCACUACUAAAACUGGUGCUCCUACAACCGCUACGGAGCCCAGAUCUACUCCCACUGCCACGCCAACAUCAACGCAACGCACCAGUGCCCCUACUGGCACCUCAGCAGGUACCAAGACAAUACCCACUACUCAAACUGGUGCUCCUACCACUGGUACGAAGCCCAGAUCUAUGCCCACCGCCACGCCAACAUCAACGCAACGCACCAGUGCCCCUACUGGCACCUCAGCAGGUACCAAGACAAUGCCCACUACUCAAACUGGUGCUCCUACCACUGGUACAGGGCCCAGAUCUAUGCCCACCGCCACGCCAACAUCAACGCAACGCACCAGUGCCCCUACUGGCACCUCAGCAGGUACCAAGACAAUGCCCACUACUAAAACUGGUGCUCCUACCACUGGUACAGAGCCCAGAUCUACGCCUACCGCCACGCCAACGUCAACGCAACGCACCAGUGCCCCUACUGGCACCUCAGCAGGUACCAAGACAAUGCCCACUACUAAAACUGGUGCUCCUACCACUGGUACGGAGCCCAGAUCUACGCCCACCGCCACUCCAACAUCAACGCAACGCACCAGUGCCCCUACUGGCACCUCAGCAGGUACCAAAACAAUGCCCACUACUAAAACUGGUGCUCCUACCACUGGUACGAAACCCAGAUCUACGCCCACCGCCACGCCAACAUCAACGCAACGCACCAGUGCCCCUACUGGCACCUCAGCAGGUACCAAGACAAUACCCACUACUCAAACUGGUGCUCCUACCACUGGUACAGGGCCCAGAUCUACGCCCACCGCCACGCCAACAUCAACGCAACGCACCAGUGCCCCUACUGGUACCUCAGCAGGUACCAAGACAAUACCCACUACUCAAACUGGUGCUCCUACCACUGGUACAGGGCCCAGAUCUAUGCCCACCGCCACGCCAACAUCAACGCAACGCACCAGUGCCCCUACUGGCACCUCAGCAGGUACCAAGACAAUGCCCACUACUCAAACUGGUGCUCCUACCACUGGUACAGGGCCCAGAUCUACGCCCACCGCCACUCCAACAUCAACGCAACGCACCAGUGCCCCUACUGGCACCUCAGCAGGUACCAAGACAAUGCCCACUACUAAAACUGGUGCUCCUACCACUGGUACAGGGCCCAGAUCUACGCCCACCGCGACGCCAACAUCAACACCACGCACAAGUGGACCUGCUGGCACCUCUGGAGUUCCUGCAGCCCCUGUUCCUGGUAAAGUAAAAUUUCGACUGAAAAAAUGUCAUGAACAAUACAUAAGGAAAUAUACACCAUUUUUUUCCACGAAGGUCUCACAAAGACAGUGUUCAUUGCCCAUCUCAGCCAACACUAUCUUCCGAAAGAAAGUUUCGACGUUAAGUGUAUUAUACGAAAAAAAAAAGAGCGCGUAGAAUUACUUAUUGUGGUACUUGAUCAUAAAUCGUGGCAGGUCUUUUAUGUUUUUAAUCCGAUAUACUUUAACAGGCUGUAAUUCAUGCUACUUUUUAUGACCUUCUGAAUUUCGAAUUGAUGUGAACAUCGAUCAAUAACACCCUUACCAAGGACUAUGCUCCGUUAUUUAGUAUUUUCGUGGGUUGGCUAAAACUAACUUUGGAGAAUUUAAGUGAGCUACAUAGGGAUCCCUUCAUAUACUACGUCACCUUCCAUAAAAGUGAGGUCUCUCCACCCCUAGGAAUAGUUUAGUACAGUGUUCUUUGUUUCCCUAAGCCCAUCUGGCGGGGACAUUGAUGAAGCGGGGAAUGCACCGGGUCCGGAACGUAAAAUCAGAAGUAUUGUUUCCUGGCGGGUGCUGUUUUGGCGCGUAUGUAAUUUGAAGAGAACAGAGAUUGGCAAUUUGAUUGAGCGUAUAGUAUCUAUUGCGGGGAAAGGUGUCGGUUACAGGGAGUAUUUUUUAGAUUUAAUUAAGUUAGCUUAUUGAUUUACUUUGAUUGGAUUAUACUAAGUAAGUAAAAUCCACCUGUCGUUAUCAGAAUUCUUAAAUUCCGGUUCAUAAUCCUUUACGAUUUGUUCCAGUUAACAUAAAAAUGGAAGUAAUCAUAAGAAUCAAUGGAUUCCGACAUAAUCACGGGUGUACCGAUGUGGAUAACUCAGAGAAACUAUCCCAGAUAGCAGACCAGUGGGCAAAGAAAAUCGCUGCAGCAGGAACAGAAAAGAUCGAUCCCACUUCCCCAUAUGGACAGUUGGUUUGUAGCCACAGCAGCGGAAGCAACAUUGCAAAGGCAUGCGUGGUAAAGUGGUAUGGUGCCGUCCAAUAUUUUGACUGGGCUGAGCCUAAGUUGACACCAAAAUCAUCGCCAUUCACUCAGCUGGUUUGGAAAAAGAACACAGAAGCUGGAGUUGGGUUCGCCAAGGGAGGAGGCAUCAAAAGGAACAAUGUCGGUGGCAAAUAUUACGUUGUUGUGUUAUUUAAUCCUGGACAGGAUGCGAAAGAGAAUAUUAAGGAAAACGUUCUUCCAGCAACAGGUAAGUUGGCAAAUAGUGAUGAAUCCCAGACUUUUACAUUUUAGCCCUUUUAUGUCUGUUUAAUUCAGUGCAAAUCUUCUGCUGCUAACAAUUUCUAUAGCCUCUAUAAACAACAUUUAGUUCAAUUCUAUCUAUAGCUGUGUUUACUUGCAAAGUUUUUAAUUGCCUACAAUUUCUAACGCCCCCACGGCCACGUUCAGAGUUUUAAUGCCAUAUUAACUCUUACGUUGGAACUGGAACUGAACUUGUAAGGAACCAAGAUAAUUUUAGUACAGUAAUAACUCAUAGCGAAACACAGCGAAGAAAACGAUUUCGCGCACGAAUUUGUACCAGCGACCUCGCUCUCUAAGUCAAAGCACCACCAAAACAAUCGAAAUGCUCUUCCAUCGAUGAGGCAUAAAAUUGACAUGAAAUUCAAUGCUGAACUUGUAUGGGUCUCCAGGUCAAAUUAUUCUUUUAGUUCAGAAAAAAGGAACGAUAAACCACCAGAGAUUUCAAACUAAGAAAAGCAGUACCUAAUAGUCAGCUAUUUGAGGCUGAAGCACUUGACAUACGACCUCUCCUGCACAAAUAAGAACCUGAGCGUUUAGAUAUAAAUUAAUGGUUAUUAUCAUUUUCAAAUGUGUCCGUGAGGCUUAAACUUUCAUUUAUUUUUAGGAAUAUCUGAACCUGCGCCACAAGGUACGUGUUUAUAUCGACUGAAAUUGGUAUAUUGGUAUUAAGGAGCUUAUUUCCCUUUGCUAGACGGGUCAUUUCUAUCUUUAACAGCUGAUUUCACCUUUGGUAAACAAACCUUUAGUCGUGAAAAACGUACUUAAUCCUAAAUUAAGUAUAAAUACAGCAAAAAUAGCAACAACAACAACAACACGUGCAACAAGCGAAAUACAGAAGCUGAAAAAAGUAAGAGUUCUUAUUAGUCUUAAAAAUAUUGAAAAUUAAGCCCAAGUUGGAUUUACGUUGAAAUUUAGGGAAAGCGAACGUUAGGGCCACGUGCUACACAUAUAUCAGGUUUGGAAGACAGUUUUAUAUAUUGCGUACUCAAUUUUUUUUCCAAUUUAUGGCGGUAUGGUGUGAAAGUUUACCGCUGCGGGUUAAGAGACUAACAUACGAAAGGCCCGAUUCGAUUUUGGGUAGUGAACUUAUUUGUUAUUAUUAGAAGAUUGUCGUCUUAAUUUAUCUUUCUGGGAAACUGUCCACCUACACCUCCCCUAAGCCAUCAUUUUACCCACAGUGAGAAGUAAGUGUUAAUGGUAGCUUAGGGGAGGGGUAGGUGGGCAGUUUCCCAGAAGCCCAAAUUGAUUCAGAUUGUCUAUUAUAUAACAGGUCAAAAAUUUAUAACUGACAAGGUCCAUUUACUACAAUGUGUGUAUUGUUUUUAAAUGAUUCCGUAUAAUAUGGAACCCAUUAAAGUACAAAAAAGAUUCGUUAGAAAAGCACGUCUAAACAGAUUUCAAAAACUCUUUUAGAGUUGAGUGCUUACUGCACGGUGAUCACAUUGAAGGAGAAUGGACUAUUCCACGGUUGUUUUAAGUUUUGACGUGGACAAGUUGGUGAAAAUCCGUCGACUCGCCUGGGAGCUGGGAGUAGGGCCUUUUUAAAAAGUUAGUAAAAUUGCCAAGUUUAAGGGUGAUUUGCUGAAAACUACAUCAAAGAUAAAGAUCCUUAAAAGUCAAGAGAUUUUACAAACGUUUGUAUUGUUUGGGUACCAACUUGCCCUCCACCUUCCGUCUCCCCCCCCCCCAAUACAAACGUCUGUAAACUUUCACAACAUUGCAGAGCUACAUCUUUGCUUGUUUAAGGCGUUUCACUUUCAAACUUGGCAAUUUCACUAAGGCAAUAUUUCCUAUGGUGUCAAUGGAUUUUUCCUAACUGGUCUAUGUCAAAGAAAUUAAAAAAAUAUACGUGGAACGGUAUAUUGUCUAAAGGUAAACCUUCGUGUAUUCUAAACUAAGCUGGAAUUAGUUCAUCGAUGCACAAAUUAUAAUUUUAUCGACAAAAAAAUACGUUAAUACAUUCAAAAAGGCAUGUGUAAAGUUCAAUAAAUAAAUUCUGAGCAAUUUCUCUCAAAUGACCGAUGUGAAAGCGUGUCCCAACCGACCGCUUUGUUCCUACCCAUUUGACCAGUUUUCAUUUUGUAGUAAAUGAAUACAUAAUAAUGUACAAAAAGCAAUCCAUUCUUGGAGGAUUUCAACUGAUAAAAGCUUGCAUUAAGCUAGAACUGUAUAGGACAGUCAAAAUAUCUUUCUAGCUAAACAACACAAGGUACUAUUCUAAAGAAAUAAGUAGUUGAUAUUUUAAACUACGGAUAAAGAUGUGAAAGUGAACGUGAUUCUCUCAGUUGAAUGAACAAAGUAAGCGGUUGAAGAAGAAUCUGAAAAAGAUCAGGCUUGACCGGGAAUCGAAUCCCGACCUUUGCGAUUGCCGGACGCAACGCUCAUCGUUAAGGUCAGGGUUUCUAUUCCCGGUCAUGCUUAAAACUUUUCAGGUUCGUUUUCAAUCGCCGCUCAGGUUGUUUAUUCAUCAACGAGGAUCAUGUUCACUUUCGUACCUUUUUCUGUAAUGAUCGCCUCCCUCCAGAAAUGAAGAACAUGUUACAGCAAGCGAAAUCUCACAACUAAAGAAUUGGUGUUUUCCUUUCUUUUCGUCUUUUUUUUUUCAAGCCACCUGUCCUGAAGGUUACGCUAAACUCCCACAGAGCAGUAGAUCCUGCUUCUCUCUUAAAACCACACCACUCAACUGGGAAGACGCUCUGUACGGCUGUGCUCUUGAUAAUGGGACACUGGCGUCUUUACAAAGCAAAGAGGAAUCAGAUUUGGUUCUUAACUUGAUGACAGGUAACAGCCCAUAGUGGAUACCUUUUAAGUAAACUUUUGCGAGACUUAAUUGUUAAGUAACGUUGAUUCAGUUUCGAUUUUUUUCAAUACUUAAAGAAUCAAAAGUACCUGAAGCGUGGAUUGGACUACAUGAUCCUGCAAAGGAGGGUCGCUACGUGUGGGUCGAUGGGUCCUCAAUUCCAUUCUCAGAGUGGCUGGAAGAAGAACCUAAUGGCGGCAGGUCGGAGAACUGCAUCGUACAUACCAAACAAAAUUACUUCGGUGGCUGGGCUGACAAAAAUUGUCUGGAAGCGAAGGCUUUCGUAUGCGAAGUGUCUGUACCUGGUAAAUACACACCUUGAAUCAUUUUUUAGUAUCUUGACUUGCACAUUUCAUCUCUUUUUUGUUAUGAAAUCAUCCUGAUCAUUACCAUCAUCAUGACCAUUUUUCUCAAUCAUCAUCGUCAUCAUCAUCAUCAUCAUCAUCAUCAUUAUCAUCACCUCAGAAUUUCAUUGCCUCGAUCUUUCCUAUAAAAGACUUUUCGUAAACUUUUUUAGAAUUGUAGAAAUAAGCAAAUAUGAUUUAUUUUGCAGGGUACAUCACUUAUAAGUUUACUUUCAAUUUAACUGAGCCGCGUUCCCAGAACUACCAAUCUAACCAAUAUCCCGCGUCACUUUACCCUGGAGUUUAUACGGCCUGUACACCUUAUGUGCAAAGUGGCAACGACUUACUCAGAGACACAGUAAGUAUUGUUUUUGCCUUUUUUGGUUUGCUGCUUCACGUCGUGGGCAGAGGCAGUUUGUUAUAGUUUAAGGAAGCCAAUCGUCAAAGUGGUAUUUUGGAGUACCCUAGGAAUUUGUGUUGGGUCCAUUGCUUUUUCUCCUCAGUCUACACCUCUCCCUAUAUUAGGGAGCUUUAGCAACGACGAAGGCGACGGCAAAGAGGACGUCAAAAAAGCAAUAGGUUUAUUACGCAAAACAACAACUUUGCACGACCAUUACGCUUUUUUGUACAUUUCUCUACCAUCCUUGCACUACUACGACAUGAAAAUGCCUAAUUGCAAGUUUUAUGGAGGACGUAAACAAGCGACGACGAAUCUCCUUUUCUCUCUCUAAACUUGAGUGCGUUCCUCAAGAAAUCAACUCCAGGGAAAUUCGCCUACACUUGCCAUUCUCAGCAAAUUGGAAUAAACGCGACAAAGAUUGAAAAAACGGGAAUUCAUUUUAAAACGGACGUUUUCGCUGCAGUUGCCGUCGUCGAUGCUAAAGCUCCCUAUAUUAUACAUAAACAUAACGUUACUUUUCAAUUUCGUGCAAGCGAUAGUCAGAUUUACAUGAAUUUUUAAACCUUCGAUUGAGAAUGGUCCUCUUGUCGAUACCGACUUUGUCACAGAAAGGGCUCAUCGUGUUGGUAGACCUCGCUCUGACUCCCGAAGCCUCGCAAAAUUGUCGCCCGGCUUCUCAAUUACAAGGAUCGUGAGGCAGUUUUCAAAGCCAAGAGGAUAGAAAGUUUAUUGUAUACACGACAUUGUUUCAUGGAUGCCAGUCAACAUGCUCAAACUAAGGCCGUAGGGUCUCCAGAUUAUCUCUUUAGUAGGGUUGCACGGUGUUCUACCAAAUCUAUUUUAACAUUUGCGUUUGAAGAUCGUGGUGUAUGGGAUAAACCAAGAACGAACAGCUGGAAAAGACACAAUUUUCCAGAACGACACUGUCUGUUCCUAUCUUUCAGCUUACCCGUUACUUCCAAGCAAAGAACAUUGCAGUGCACAUAAUAGUAAACACGAUAGGGUAAGACUUUGAAUUACUGAUGAAUUUAUAUUUUAAGGCCUCUUGUUUCUUUUUCUUGUCUGGUUUUUUUAAGCGCUGCACCUACCUUCGUAUCAUUUAUUUGGUAAUUUUUUUUUGUCUGGUUAAAGUUACGCCGAAAAAAGUCCGGAAACAGAUAGAUGAGUUGGUAGAGAACUGAAAAUUAAUUCCCUGAUUGUUAAGUGCAGCAAAAAUCAAAGAAAAAAAUUAAAAAACGUAAUAAUAAAGCAAAUAAGGAAAUAAAUAGAUAGAAAAAAAUCAACGUAAAAGAAGGAGGGGUGUUAUUUUAGUGUUUAGAAGAUAGCAGCUGUCAAGAAAGGCAAAAGGGCAUCUCAGGGCAAUUCGAUCAUAAUUCUCAGGGUUUGUGUAGGUAAUAGUAGAAUUUGUCAGAACUGAUUUGUAGUGAUAUUUGGCAUAAAUACCACGAGUGAUAUUUUGAAAUUGUUAUAUAUAUCACGAGUGGUAUUUAUGCCAAAUAUCACGACGUACAAAUCAUGCUAUUAUUUGUUUAUACUACUACCAGCAAAAAAUUUGUAAUUUUCACAUGUAUAGGUAUUUCAAAUUAAGCUGAAAUACCACUGCUCUAAGCCAAUCAAAUUGCAGAAAUUUCUCAUGUAGUAGUAUAAGCGUUGUAAUACAGUGCUGUGACAGUCAAUCUUACAACACCGUCGCGUUUUUAAAUGGAUUUCACACAAAUGAAAUACUAAGCGGGCUUACUAGAACACAGGUAUUUCAGUAGAAUCAUCUGAAAUUGAUUUUGUCGUUGUAGGUGCAUGCCAAACGGAUUAUCCUUUGUUGAAGUCGUCGUAAAGCUUGGUCCAGAGGCAGGGGUAACUGAUUCCAUCAGUUCCCUGCAAACCAGUAUCAAACAAAACGACGGUGAGCUGCAGCUUUCUAAUGGGGCUUCAGCAAAACUUAUUUCUAUAGGCAUUUUGACUCCAGGUACGUGAAGGAAUGUCCACUUUACUUGACAAUGCUAUAGAAGGUUUCGUGAAUAGAGAAAAGAUGAUCGCAGCUAAAUACUCAACUAAAUGCAGUAGCGAUCAAACUUGAAAACUUUAUAGGCUUGUCGGGAUUCUAGCCCCGACCUCUGCGAUACCGGUGCAGCGAUCUAACAAUCUUGAGCUAGCAAGCCAAUUAUAUUGGGAGCUGGUUCGUAAUUUACCUGGGAAAGAUAAUGAUGAGUACAGAAAAAAUCCUCGAGUAAGUACCACGCUUUUAAGAACCCGUUAGGCUAAAAUAUAUUUGCCAGUUAGGCCCCGUCUAUACAAGAACCUGUUUAACCUAAAAUUUGAAACAGGUUCUCAAGUUCAAAAAUUGACCAAAAAAAGUGCUGUACACUUGGGCAAAUAAAAUAAGUCAACAUUCAGGAUCUUCUCUGGAGACAUAGGUGUCUUAUCACUCCAACUGCGAUGUAAUGGUACGCAGAUUUUAUAUCCCUGAAGAAAAAUCUAAAUAACCCUAAAUACUAGUACUCUUAGCGACAAUGUAUUUUUACUUCCGAAAAUGAUAACCUCUUUAAGAGCCUAAAUGGCCUUAAUUUGUGCUAAUUACCAUUUAUGUAAGAACCUGUCUCGGCUAACCGGGGAAAAUGCGGGUUCUUACUGGCGGUACGUUUUUACUGUAUAUUAACUCUUUUAAUUUGACGGAACAAUUCAGCAACUCAUUAAUUUAUUGAAUUUUGCUGCGGUAUUUCUUAUCUGAAAUACAGUAAAUGUUUCCAGAACAAAGAAACUGCAAACAAAUCCCUGCAGAGGAUCCAUGUAGCAUAGCUCUGAUACUUUUCCACAAACAGCGGUGAUAAACAUUCAACUUGACGCUAUAAUAACGGUCAAAAGUGUUGGGACCUUUCUAGUGAUUUUAGUAAAACUAGCGACCCCUCCCCUCCCACCCCAAACAAUGUUGCGCAAAAUUGCUGAGGGAGAGUGCGAGAACAAAGGAAGGAUCAGAAAAUGUCAUUACGAGGAGCAGAGUUCUAUGUAGCGAUUACUUGUAAGGGGUUUUUCACGCAGUCCCCAGUUCUUUUGAGCUCCAUUGUCUUAAAUUGAUUUAGAGCAAUAAAAUAAAAUCUACCGUCGUCGAAAGUUGGAUUCCAGCAAAAAGGUAGUCAUUUUGUAACAGCUAACAAGGCAACAGUUAGUUUUCUACCCUCAGUUGUUUUCCGACAAUGGAGGUCAAAAGUGCUGGCACCUUUCCAGUGAUAUUAGUAAAACUAGCGACCCCUCCCCUCCCACCCCACACAAUGUUAAAUUUUGAGCAAACUGGGUGGUAAUGAGUCCUUUUUGGGGCCCAGAAUUACAGGGGGCAGUGGGGGGAUAAAGGGAUGAACCCAAAACCGAUAAAAAAUUGUCAUUAGGAGCAGAGUCCUACGCAACAAUUUCUUGGAAGGGCUAUUUUUUCUUUUGACCUCUAUUGUAGUCAAAAAGUGACCGUUACGGGAUGUUUCAGAUGUUGUCUUUUUUUAAAAUUUAAAUCUGAUAAAGCCACGAUGGCCCAGAAACAAAAGCUCUUCUUUAAAUUCCAGGUGUUUCAUACUGUCCAAGCCAUUGUGUUACUACUUUUUGUCAACCUGGAUGUGAUUCAUAUUGUUGUUCUCAGUCGACUGGUGCACAAUACCCAUCAGCUGUGAUUCAGCAGCCACGCCUUGUGUACAGCAACACUUAUCCAUUGCAACGAUGUCCUUUAGCCUGCACUAGCAACACCAACUACUGCCCGCCAUACUGCUCGGCUUCUUGCUGCAAAAGGCGUAUAAAUAUUCACAGGUUGUAAUCUCUUAUUUCAAACACUGCAAUGCAACUGUUGAUAACAAUGUUGAUGGUCUGUUAAAGUAAAUUGAAUUUGAAUCAGUUUUGUACAUUUUGAUGCGUUUUUGAUUGGAACGUCGAG